CCGUCUCUUCCGGUGUGGCUUCGUGCGGCCCCCUUCUCUUUUUCUCGGUAGUAGCAGGCCGGCUGGGCGGGUUCUGGUGAGGCUAGAAAGAAGGAUUUCGGCCGUUGGAAUCUGUCUUCGCGCCCCAUCGCUCCAGGAACCUGGCCAUCCCGCUUCAUUGUGAGCAGUGGGUGGAAUUUGAUGGAGCAGGAAAGUCCCAGGGAAUUUAAGUCAUCCAGAUUAAGGAGAAUGAAUCUCGUCAUUUUCCACUUUGAUGCAUAAGUUUCCCUGACGUGUCCUUGGAAUCGCAGAAGAAUUUGGUCACAUAUUUUACCAUCAGACUAAAGAGAUGGACUUGACUAGUUUGUCCUGUGAAAGUCUGCUUUCUGGUGACCAGAACUGCAGUCAAGGAGAAGAGACAGAGGGAGAAAGCAUGCUGGCUGAUUGCCUGAAAAACUGUAAUAAGGAUUUUGUGACUUUUCAGGAUGAGGCUGUGGAUUUCUCUGAAGAGGAGUGGACUACAAAGGCUCCAACUCAGAACAGCAAGCCUGGUGCUGUGGCGGUGGAGGAGCACACAAGCCUGGCCGCUGUAGAAUUGGAAAAGCAACUACAAACCAAAGAUUUAGCACCAGAGCAGGAUUUUUUGACAAGACACACCUUCAUGGAGACACAGCAGGUGGAUGCAGUGACCUUUGAAGAUGUGGCUGUGGACUUUACCCAGGAAGAGUGGACCUCACUGGACCCAGUUCAGAGGAACCUCUACAGAGAUGUGAUGCUGGAGAACUACCAGAACCUGGCCACAGUAGGAGGUCAGAUGUUUAAACCCAGCCUGAUCUCUUGGUUGGAGAAGAAAGUAGAGUUGACAGUAAUAGAGCAAGGAAUUCUCCAAGAAUGGGAAAUGCACCUUAAGACAAAAAGGACAGCACUUCAGCAGGAUAGAUUUUGGUCAGAUAUGUCAAAUGGGAUGCAACUGGGAAGAGAGCACAGUGGAGGGGAACCUGGUGACCCUGUUCAAGUUGGAGCAGUUUUUAGUGAAGAUUCAUGCCCUCAAACUCACAGUAGUACUUCAAAUACAGGGAACACUUUUGCGUGUAACUUAGAUGGAAAAGACUUUCAGCCACUCCUUAAAGAAACUUCUACUGAAGAGAACAUUGUCCAGUUGAACCAGUGUGUAAAACCUUUGAUUUUCACUCCAGAUGUUUCCCAGAAAAAGUGCACUCCGGAAAAAUCUGUUGAAUGCAGUGACUGUGGGGAAACUUUCGUUAAUCAGCUAGAACUUCAGACACAUAGUUCUUCUCAUCGUGAAAAGAAUAUCCACAAAUCAGAGGAGUGUGGACAAGCUUCUACUCAUCCUAUAAGCCAUGGUGGGCAUGUGAUUCCCACUGAAAAAAAAUACUAUGAAUGUAAGAAAUGUGAAAAAUUUUUUACACAUCCUGUGUACCUUAAUAUCCAUAUGCAAAGCCACACUGUGGAGAAACCCUAUGACUGUAAGGAAUGUGGGAAAGCCUUCACUGAGCGCUCAAGCUUAAUUGUGCAUCUACGACAACACACUCGAGAGAAGUCUUACGAGUGUAAGGAAUGUGGGAAAACCUUUAUUCAACCCUCACGUCUUACAGAGCAUAUGAGAAGUCAUACGGGAGAGAAGCCGUAUCAGUGUGACCAGUGUGGGAAUGCCUUUGCGUCUUCCUCUUACCUUACUACACACUUGAGAACUCAUACUGGAGAGAAGCCCUUUGAGUGUAACAUAUGUGGGAAGGCAUUCACACGUUCCUCUUACCUGCUAGGUCACAUACGAACUCAUACAGGUGAAAAGCCCUAUGAAUGUAAAGUAUGUGGGAAAGCGUUCAGUGGCCGUUCUUGGCUAACCAUACACUUACGGAAACAUACUGGAGAGAGGCCCUAUCCAUGUACAGAAUGUGAGAAAGCCUUCACCAGCUUCGCUCAGCUAACUGAACAUAUAAAAACUCACACUGGUGAGAAGCCCUUCCGGUGUAAAGUAUGUGCAAGGACUUUUAGAAAUUCCUCAUGCCUUAAGACUCACUUUCGAAUUCACACUGGAAUAAAACCAUACAAAUGUAAUUACUGUGGGAAAGCCUUCACUGCACGCUCAGGCCUUACUAAGCAUGUACUAAUUCACAAUGGUGAGAAGCCCUAUGAGUGUAAGGAGUGUGGGAAAGCCUUCAGUACAUCUUCCGGCCUUGUUGAACAUAUAAGAAUUCAUACAGGAGAGAAGCCCUUUGAAUGUUACCAGUGUGGGAAAGCCUUGGCUCAUUCCUCAUCCCUUGUUGGACAUUUAAGAACUCACACUGGAGAGAAACCCUUUGAGUGUAAUCAGUGUGACAAAACAUUUACACGAUCUUCUUAUCUUCGUAUUCAUAUGCGAACUCACACCGGAGAGAAACCAUAUGAAUGUAAAGAGUGUGGGAAAACUUUCCCUGAGCGCUCAUGCCUUACUAAACACAUAAGGACACACACUGGUGAAAGGCCCUAUGAAUGUAAGGAGUGUGGCAAAGGCUUUAUUAGCUUUGCUCAGCUUACUGUACACAUAAAAACUCAUAGUUCUGAGAGACCCUUUCAGUGUAAGGUAUGCACAAAAUCUUUUAGAAACUCUUCAUCCCUUGAGACCCACUUCCGAAUUCACACUGGAGUAAAACCCUAUAAAUGCAGUUACUGUGGGAAAGCCUUCACUGCUCGCUCAGGCCUUACCAUCCAUUUACGCAAUCACACUGGGGAGAAAUCCUAUGCAUGCCAAGAGUGUGGAAAAGCCUUUAGCACUUCCUCAGGCCUUAUUGCACAUAUAAGAAGUCACAAAGGAGAGAAACCCUUUGAAUGUGACCACUGUGGGAAAGCCUUUGCUUCUUCAUCUUAUCUUAAUGUGCAUUUGAAAAUUCACACUGGAGAAAAACCCUUUCAGUGUACAGUAUGUGGGAAAACAUUUACGUGUUCUUCUUACCUUCCAGUUCACAUGCGAACUCACACUGGAGAGAAGCCUUUUCAGUGUAUAAUAUGUGGAAAGUCAUUUUUGUGGUCCUCGUACCUUAGAGUUCACAUGCGAAUUCACACUGGAGAGAAACCCUAUGUAUGUCAGUACUGUGGAAAAGCUUUUACAGAGCACUCAGGCCUUAAUAAACAUUUACGGAAACACACAGGAGAGAAACCAUAUGAAUAUAAGGAAUGUGGGGAAAACUUCACUACUUCUGCUGAUGCUAAUGAACAUGAAACUCCCCACUGGGGGGAGAACCUUUGAAUGUAAGGGAUUCAGAAAAUUGAUAGCCCUUGAUCCAUCAUUUGCAAUCAAAAUUUAUAGUCUAUACAAGUCUUAUUGAUAAGCAACGUAUAAAAAACAUUCGGUUGCUAUGUGCUGUAAAAACAACUCAUUCUGAGGAUGCUCUGAGUUUAAGGAUUGUGGGAGAAAUCAAAAUUUCAUGAUAUAUGUAUGAACUGAAGGUUUGUAAUAUAGGGAACGAAAACCUUUAGUGUUUCUAUGAGUGUUGAUGCAAGACAUGUAGAAAUGUUUCUAUGUUCACGUGUGGUCUCACAGUUGAGAAAUGUCUUUCUGAAGUUUGGGAAGUAACUUUACAUUUGAACACAAGCUACAUGCGUGUAAGAGGGGAUUUGCUUCAGUGUCUUGGAUGGCAACACUUGGCUUUCUUGGGUGCUUCUCUAUGAACUUUGAAUAUUUCUCCAUUUGUGUAUUUUUAUGACCUCAAUUCCAUUGUUAGUUUUCCUUUUUAAAAUAUUCCUGUUUGAUGUGAUUGAAACUUGUUUUUAUCUAGUAUCUGUUAUAUGUCCCAUGUUGGCAUUGUGAACUAAUGACACAAACUCCCAUCUCCUCACUACUUGUUAGUUUAUUUGUUGUUGUUUUUUUCCCCUCUUUUCUUUGGAGACAGUCUCACUUUCUGGCCUAGUAUAACAUGAAAGUUAUGUAGCCUAGACUGGUCCCUAGCUCAUGGCAGUCUAGACCCAGCCUUCUGAGUGCAUAGAUUACAGGUGCAAGCCACCAUACCUGGCUCUUUCUACUGUUUUAAGUAUAAACUUCACUAGCACUGAAAAAACCAUCAUGUUUUACAAUUGUGUUCAGGUUCUUAACACAAGUAGGUUUGGAUCUGACCAAUACAAUCCCUUACUCUGAGUUCUAAGUCUUUGGUAGCCAUUCCAUUCUCUGCUUGGAGUUCAGCUUUUCUUUAGGCUUUGCUUCUUAGAUCAUGUAGUAUCUGUAUUAACUCUACUUAGCUUUUUUAUUUUUGUGACAGGGUCUUGCUGUAGCUCAAACUGACCUCAAACUCGCAAACCUUUUUGCCUCAGACUUACUGCUAGAGUUAUAGGCAUGUGCCUUCAUGCCUAGCUGGCGUAUAUCAAUCUACAUAAUGUUCUCAAGGUGGAACUGUGUUAUGGUCAGUUAUUUUAAGACAUCUAAUUAUCCUUUGGCCUCUAUGGAUAGUUAGUUUCUAUACCUUGUUUGUUAGUAUUGCUACAUAGCGAGUGUAGCUAUCUCUUUAAAGUCAUGACCUUAUGUUCUCAGAUACAAUCCCAAAAGUGACUUUGUUACUGUAAUGACAGAUAUUGUCAGUGUGUAUGUAACAACUGCCAAUUUAUAUUCCCAGUGAUGUACCUAGUCUCUUUAUUGCUUAUCUUCUUACUUUUUCCUUCCUGUAUUCCAUUUAAAAAUGUGAGAUGGUAUCUUCAGUUUUGAUUUGCAUUUUUCUAGUACGCCGUUUGUAUAUCUCUGCUAAAAUACUGAUUUCAGUAAUUUAUCAAUUUUUAAAUCAAGAUCUGUGUAUUUUGCUGUGAAGUUACCUGAGUUACUAUGUUUUAGACAUAGACCCAUUGUAAUAUAUAUGGUUUACAGAUUGUUUUUUUGGCUGUGUACAUGCUUUUUCAGUUUUUUUUUAUUGCUAUGCAGAAUCUUUAGUUUGAUAUGGCCUUAAUUCUUUAUUUUUGCUUUUAAUGCCCAUAAUUUUCAUGUCAGCUCUAAAAUUCUUUGCUGGUGUGUCUGGAAGCAUUCUUGGAGUUUUAUUAUGUUACAGUUUUAAAUUUUACUUUCAGGGUUUUGUUUGUUUGUGGUAACCUAACUAUGUAAUCCAUGAUAGCAUAGAGCAGGCUGGCCUUAAACUUGGAGCAGUAUUUCUUCCCCAGGCCUUUUGAGUGCUGAGAUUUUGGGUUUGAGCCAGCCUAUCCAACUUAACUAUAUUUCUUUUACUAUUAUUUGAUUUCCUUUUCUUUUUUAACCCCCCUAAGCUUAUAUACGUGCAUACUGUUUUUGUUUUAGUUACUGUUACUGUUUCUGUUUUGGUGCUAGGAAUUGAAUUUGUGGCCUCAAGGAUGCUAGGCAGGUGCUUUACCAUCAAGCUAUAGUUCUAACUUCAUUGUUGAAAUUAUGUGGACCACAUAAAGGGCUUUUAUUGUUUCAUUUGUUUGUUUUUUGGAUAAUAUCUUUAUAAUCUGGCUGGCCUAGAACGUGCUAUGUAGAACCCGGAACUCACAGAGAUCUACCUGUCUGCCUCCCAGAGUGCUGGAAUUAAAGUUAUGUGUUCCUAUGCCUGCCAUUGACUAUAUGCUUAUUUGUAAACAAUUUAUUUAUGUUUUUGUAUCAGUGUUAUACUGUUUGAUUUCUGCCUAUAUACUGGUUUUGUUUUUGCUGUUCUUUCUUAAGACAAGGUUUACUGGAGCUUAGACUGCCUUUGAGAUUAACUAAAUGAUCAAGAAUGACCUAAUGACCUUGGACUUUUGAUCUUCUUGCCUUUAUCUCCUAGUAUGAUUCUAGGCAUGUACCACCAUACUUUGCACGCUCAGUGCUUAUCAAACUUCAUACUAAGUGGACAUCUCUAGCCCUGUAAUACAUUGUUAAGCCUAGAAUUUUUGUUUUUAUUUAGGUCCUUUUGGGCUUAACUGAAAGGUUUUGGUUUCUUAUGACUUUGUUUUUUUUUUUUUUUUUAAGCCUGUGGGGGAAAAUGCCUUUAGAAUUGUUAAUGCAGUGGUAAUCUACAAAGCACUUUGGGUAGGAUGGACAUUGUAACAAUGGUAAUUCUCUCAAUGUGUGUGGCAUACCUUGCAAAUUGUUUAUAGACUUGUUCAUGGUAGUUUAGAUUUUUUCCUGUUUAAUUUUGUUCUCUAUCAUUUUAUGUAGUUUUAUAUGUUGUAUAAUAUUUUGCUUUUUAAAUUUGUAGUAUGUAAAGAUACUGUUGACUUGAAAAUCUUAUGUUUUAUGAGUUUUUAUAAUUUUUUUCAUGGAUGCCCUGUUAACCUGAAACAAUUUUACUUUUCUUAUUUGGGUGACUUUUUUCUUAUCCUGAUUGCUCCAGCUAGGCUUUUCCCAGUAUUUCCUGAAUAUAAGAAGGAAAGGUAGGUACGUAAACCUGCCCUUGGUAAGUCUGGGCUUUGUAACUGAGUGAAAACUGAAUUUGUUUUUCAUGUGCUGUCAUGAUGAAAUAUAUUUCUAUCUAGUUUAUUGACUUCAGUUGGUAUCCUAUGAUGUUACAUGAUCCUGUACAUUUCCUAUAAUAAUGGACUUUUCUUUCAUUUUGUUCGUUCAGUAUAGCAUAAACCAUCUUUGCAUCCCAUUUAUAAAAUCAGUCUUGAUCACAGUUUUUAUGGUCCUUUUAAAAGUUACAUUAUGAAGUGAUCAGGAGAUUGAAAUUGUCUUAAUAAAUAAUAAUUGUUUGACAUUGAGACAGAGUCUUGCUGUGUAGUCCAGGCUUGGCCUUGAACUCACUGUGUAGCUCAAACUGACAUCAAACUAAUGAUCCUACCGCAUUAACCUCUCAUUUGUUAUGUAGCUUCAGUAAUGACCCACUAUGCUUGACUGAUAAUGUUUAGAAAGACUUCUCUGUGCUGCCAAUAAGUGACUCAUUUAUUUUUUAGGGCAUAAAUAGACCAAAAAAAAAAAAAAAAGAGGUAAGAUGGUUCCUUCGUUGCAAUGGUGUGAUGAUUGUAAAGAUAUCCUAGAAAUAGAAUACUUAAGUGUAGAAAGCAAAUAUUAUUGUAUGUAGAGAGAAAUAGCAUGGUGGAGUAUAAGACUAUUUUAGCACUCUUUGACAAUAAAUUGAGAUUAACAUUGAGUUUUAAAAUAACUAAGGGAAUUGUACUUGAACUAGACUUGAGACCAAGUGGAUCUAGUAAUUUUAUUCGAAACAUUCUACAUAAAAGCCAGAGAGUACUUUGUAUUUAAUUUCACAUGGUACAGUAUAAGAAAUCUUGCAGUAGACUUAUCAAGCUUUAUUUUAAAAAUAAUUCUUAGACAGAAUUGAGUUUAUUUAGUUUUUGAGAGAGGGUCUCGUUGUGGAGUUCAUAUACUUUUAGCUUACAAUUCUGAAAGAUUAAAAGAAACUACAUUAUAUUAAUACAGAUAGAAUUGGCACUGAUUUUUGUCUACUGAACCUAGACCCAAACUAAACAUAUCUCCCACCUGACACAGUUAUUUUUGUAUAGUACAGUUUUUAUUUGGGGUUGGGGUAUGCAACAUGACAUGUUGGGGACAUAACUCAGGAAUUGGCUUUCUCCUUCCAUCUUUUGGGGUAACCGAAAGUCUGUACUCUUAAAUGGUUAUCUCCUUAUUUCUCUUAAACCUUAAUCACUGGCAGCCUCUGCUGUGGUUUACUUCAUGACUAUAUAUUAUUUUCAGAUUCCAAGUAUAAUAUAAUGCAGAGGUUUUGGUUUGUGUUUGUUGCCUAAAUGUAUGUAUGUGUACCCGGUCCAUGCCUGUGGCCCAAGAAGGUCUGAAGAGGGCAUCAGGUCUUCUGGGACUGGCCUUACACACACUUAGGAGCCUCCAUUUGGCUGCUAAAGAUGGAUCUUAGGUCCUCUGGAAGAGCAGCCAGUGUAGCAUAAUUGAAGCCAGAUUGAAUUUUGUUUGAAAGCAGUAUUGUUUGAAAGUGAAUUGUCCCCUAUAAGCCUGUGAGUUUGGACAUGUGCCUCUCCCCAAGCUGGUGGCACUGUUUUUGAAGGCUGUGGGUAGGUGUUGGUCUUGUACCUGCCAACAAUUUUGGCCGAAGUCUCCACCACAAGCUCCUGCUUCUGCAUAACCACUCCAGCCACCUUGCCUUUCCUGUCCUGCCAUGAUAGAUUUUAUCCUCUCAGUCCAUGACCUCAGACUUUUCCUUUUUAAAAUAUUGCUUCUGUCAGGCAUUUUUGCAAAUAAUACAGAACAUAUAUAACUUUAAAUUUAAUGUGUUUGUGUGUGUGCACACAUUGUAUAUGUACAAGUACAUACAUAUACCUGAGGCAGUCAGAUGAGUGUGUUAAGUCCCCUGGAAGCUGGAAUUACAGGGUGAUGUAAGCUAAUUAACUACUUGGCUACUGGCAAUUAAAUGAGUCCUUUGUAAGAACAGUAAGUACCUGUUUAGCCAUCUCUCCAGCUUCUCUUUUUUUUUUUUUUUUUUUUUUUUUACACUUACUGGCCACUUGCAUGUUUUAGGAAAGUUUUCCUGUUUGUUUUGUCAUUUUCUCCCUCUCCCUCUCCCUCUCCCUCUCCCUCUCCCUCUCCCUCUCCCUCUCCCUCUCCCUCUCCCUCUCCCUCUCCCUCUCCCUCUCCCUCUCCCUCUCCCUGCAUUAGAGAGGGGGGAAGGGAGGGGGGAGAAGAAGGGAAGGAGAGGGUCUAGUCUAUUUCAGACUGUCCUCAAAUUUGGUAUGUGGUCAAAGAUGAAGAAGAACUUUCAGACCUGCCUCUACUCCCAACAUACUAUGAUUCUUAGGGAGUGUUUGAUGUUGAAGAUUUAACCUGGAACUUAGUACAUGCUAGGCAAGAACACUUUUUAGAGCCACAUUGACAUUUUCAGAUGAGUAUAUAAUGUACUUUGCUUAUUAUUAGACACAUCUUUAGCUUGUGUUGUAUUUUUUUUUUUUUUUUUGUACAUGAUAGAAAAUACAGUUAUUUUGCAGUCUGGAUCUGAUUUAUUUUGCUUAGUAAGAUUUUUGGUUCUAUCACUUCCCUACAAAUUACCUAAUUUUUGUCUUUAUGACUGAAUAAAAUGCCAUUCUGCAUGUCAUAUUUUUUCAUUUUAUUAUCGUGUGUGUGUGUGUGUGUGUGUGUGUGUGUCUUCCCCAUGUGUAGGGGUGCCCAAAGGGGCUAGAAGAGGUUAUUGGCCUUCUGAGCCAACCAACAAUGGUGGUGGGAACUAAACGCUAGUUUUCUGAAAGAGCAGUCUUGGCUGCUGAGUCGUCUCAAUCAUUUUUUUGUUGUUGUUUUGUUUGUUGAGACAAGGUUUCUCUGAGUACUGUGUCCUGGAACUCAUUCUGUAGACCAGGCUAGCCUUGAAUUUAGAGAUCAGCCUGCUUCUGUCUCCUGAGUGGUGGGAUUAAAGGUGGUCACACCAACUAUGCUACUUGAGUACUGAUACUGUUAACAUGGUUUGCAGACAACACGUGUGCCUGCAUGAGUUUAUGUGUACUCCAUAAAUGCAGGUCUCUGAAGAGGCUUAGAGGGAAGCAUAAGACGCUCUGGAGCUGAUAUUACAGGUAGUUGUGAACCUGCUGUGAAUACUGGAACGGAACCCAGGUCCUCUACAAGAGUAGUAAGGGAUAUUAACUAUUGCAUCAUCUCUCCAGUCUCCAUUGGCUAAUACUUUUUUUCCCCUGAGAAUUCACUUUGUAGACCAGGCUGGCCUCAAACUCAGAAAUCUGCCUGCCUCUGCCUCCCAAGUGCUGGGAUUAAAGGCAUGCGCCACCAACACCUGGCAACUAAUACUUAGUAUACACUGAUAUGUCAAAGGCCAUAGCCUGAGGAGAAAUCCCCCCUCCUCAGCUUUAUCAAAAGACAAUUCCUUGAGUUCCAGGAGAACACAACUGGAUCGGCCUUCUUCAUAUAGGUGGUCUACUUAACAACAGUUUGAGUUCUGGGGCACAGCCUACCUUCUGAAUACUAUGAGGGAACUCUGGCUGCCAAUGUUGUAUAUUGAUGAGAUUAAUUGCAGCAGCCAAGAACUCAAGAAACAAAAACCUCUAAGGAGCUCAGUGAUGGCUGGGAGAGAAGUCAUUUUUCUCAGUAGCAUAUUUACCUGUAAUUUGUCCAUGCUUCAGUAAUUAGCUCCCACCUACGCUCAUGAAACAAUUGCAUUGGUUUUGGGGCGUUCACAUGCACAAACAUAGAAGGGACUUGUUGGAAAGGAGUUCAGUGAUACUCCUGAAAGUGACCAGAAUGCAUUAUACAUGUGUAAGAGUGUCAAAACGUGGGGCUGGAGAGAUUGCUCAGUGGUUAAGAACAAUUGUUGAUCUUGGAGAGGAAGGAUCUGGACCCAGUUCCCAGCACCUACCUAGUAGUUCACAAUCUGUGCCCCCAACUCCCUUUUACCCCCACAGACACCAGUUAUUUGGUGCUCAUACAUACAUACAUACAUACAUACAUACAUACAUACAUACAUAUAAACACGACAGGUAUGCAGUGCUCAUACAUACAUUCAUAUGAACAUGACAGGUAUGUGGUACUCAUACAUUCAUAUGAACAUGACAGGUAUGUGGUGCUCAUACAUACAUUCAUAUGAACAUGACAGGUAUGCGGUGCUCAUACAUACAUACAUACAUACAUACAUACAUACAUACAUAUAUUCAUAUGAACAUGACAGGAAUGUGGUUUGAGUGGGAAUGGCCCUCAUGGGCUCAUAUUUGAGUGCUUGGUAGUUCUGUUUUGGGGAAGGAUUAGGGGGCCUUGUUGAGGUGUGUCACUGUUGAGGUGUGUCACUGUUGAGGAGGUGUGUCACUGUUGAGGAGGUGUGUCACUGUUGAGGAGGUGUGUCACUGUUGAGGAGGUGUGUCACUGUGAGGAGGUGUGUCACUGUGAGGAGGUGUGUCACUGUGAGGAGGUGUGUCACUGUUGAGGAGGUGUGUCACUGUUGAGGAGGUGUGUCACUGUUGAGGAGGUGUGUCACUGUGAGGAGGUGUGUCACUGAGGAGGUGUGUCACUGUGAGGAGGUGUGUCACUGUUGAGGAGGUGUGUCACUGUUGAGGAGGUGUGUCACUGUUGAGGAGGUGUGUCACUGUUGAGGAGGUGUGUCACUGUGAGGAGGUGUGUCACUGUGAGGAGGUGUGUCACUGUGAGGUUUCUAAACCCAUGCUAGGCUCACUUUUUGCUUCCAACUUGAGAAUCAGUUGUAAACUGAGCUGCUCUAAUACCGUCAUGCCAUGCCUGUCUGCUGCCAUGCUCUCAGUCAUGAUGGUCAUAGGUACACCUUCUGAAACUGUAAGCAAGCCCUCAAUUAAAUGCCUUUUAAGUUGUCUUGGUCAUUGUAUCUCUCCACAGCAAUAGAACAGUAAGACAAAAUUAUUUGUGAUUACUCUUAUGCAGAUCUACAAUGAAAAGAGCAAGUGGAACAACAACAAAAGUACAAAAUAUGAAGGAAAAGAGCACUGGGAAAUUUAAUGUUGGGGUCAAAUCUUGUACUUAAAGAGAUGAAGAGUUUAAAGAAAGGCCUCAUAUAAAAUGGAAUAAAGGGAAUUGUUCUCUUGGGGCAAGACUCCACCCAGCCAAACAUCCAACUUGUAAAUAGGAAAUGCUUAAGGGAUUUUCUAAAGCAAAGGAAAACUUAUUCAACAAAGGAAAGCAACAAAUCAAAGCUUAUGCAUGUUUAAUUCAAGAAAUGAGCCAGGUUUCCCAGCCCAAUCAGAAUCGACCAAGUGUCUCUGGAUUUAGAGUCAUGAAGGAUGCAGGAAUAAAGGGGUUGAAUCUUCUUAUCUGGUAAGGAAAGCUGGGGAGGCCAGGGUUUUGGCACAGGAGACCUUGUUUGGAGGCCCGAAGAGGCCAUUGUGUGAAGCUGAGUAAGUGAAGUCUGGAUUGUGUUAGAAACCUCAGGAUUUUGGAAAUGCCAGGGCCAUAGGAUAUCUGUUGAGAGCAACACCGAGUUGAACCAGCUCAAAGAGCUGAUGUCACCAAAGCUCCAAGGGUUGGGAGGUCUAAAGAUAAUCCUUCUAUGCUCUUUGGCAUAGGACAUAGAGUGUUGGGAUUUGAAUUUGAUCUGCCAGGUUUCAGUUUUGCUUUGGUUAACAUUUCCCCACUAUGCUACCUUUUCUCUCUCUUGAAAUGGUAAUGUAUAUUUUAUGCCAUUGUAUAGUAGAAAAAAAUUGCUUUUGAUUUUAUAGGAGAGCCUUGAGGCUAAGAUCCAUGGGGGCUUUGGAGGUUGGAUUAAGGCAUUUUUGCAUUAUGAGACAGCUACAGGCCUAUGGGGAUUAGGGUGUGAAAUGUGGUGGUUUGAGUAAAAAUGGCUUCCGUAGUCUCAUACAUUUGAAUGCUUGGUUUUUAGUUAGUGGAGCUGUUUAGGGAAUGGUUAGGAAGUAUUACCUUGUUGGAAGGAGGUGUCUCACUUGAAGGUGGGCUUUUAGGUUUCAAAAUCCCGUACCAGGCCUAGCCUUUAUGCCUCGUGGGUUGUCUUAAUAUGUAAGUUGCUGGUCCAGUGCCAUACCUGCCACCACGCUUCCAGUCAUGUCUGUUGUAUAUUCAACCUCUGAAACGAUAAGCAAAGCCCAGAAUUAAAUGCUUUCUUUUAAAA